AUGGGGUGUAACAGUUUCAAAGGUCGACUGAGUCCGCUGAACCGCGGCGGCAACGACCGUGGCGACGGCGUCCCGAAUGAUCAGCUGCCAAGUGGAAAGAAGGUCAAGACGCCGAAUGACCUCAACGGCGUGGGUUUUCGUGGCUUUGGCAUUGGCGUCCUCGCGCACAACAACGUCAAGGCAGGCGGCAACGGCAUCGCGGCGUUCCGCCCUGAUGAUGUGACGGCCACGACGUACUAUAAGUAUGUGAUGGAGGUGCGCUGUGUCGCGGUGGCGCAGGGCAUUAUGCCGGCCGUGACCGACGACACUAUCGCCGCACUGCAUGCGAAAGACACCAAGCGCGGCACUGUAGCAGGAACUAAAGACACGACUGGCCCGGCGUUUCACCGCAGCAUGAAUGGCGACUCGACGAACGCCGGCGGCCAGCACGUCAGUCCGCCGGCGCGGACUCUGACAGUUUAUCAGCUCCAACCGAUAGCCAACGACACGUGUAUUGCGAAGGGCAUGUACAGCGAGGUUCACCUUGCGCAGCUCUCCGUUUUUACUGGGCUCUUGGAGGAGGCGGUGAACGCGACAAUGCCGCGGUAUGCCCCGGUACGACGAGGCAAUACCAGCAGUGCGGCCGCCUGCGCCGCCGGCCGCGAUCGCUCCUCCGUCAGCCUUGGAGGGGACGUGAACUCGACAAAGAGCCUCAACUCCGGCUGCGAGAUCAUGGGCACCACCUCCACCCAUGACACCAGCACGAUCGCUGGACCGAUUUCCACUUCCGCUGCGACACCGACGGUUGCUCCGACGUGCACAGCUGUGUCGCACUACAUAAUAGCAAUGAAAGAGUUUUCUCUGAACAGCAGCUGCACGUCUAGCUGUGCGCUGGAGCAGAUCUGCCUCGAGGUGCGACGGUGGGCGCGGCUGUCGACGUACUGCCCGCGCCUCCUCCGCUGCUACCAGCUGGAGUACGUCUUUGCUGAAGGCGUCUCCAUGGCCGUGCCAGAGGCAUCGUGCCAGUUCGUUCCUGGACGGGAAAACUACAGCGGCAAUGGCGGGGCGGCUGCUGACGGGCUCUUCGCUUCCGGUAAUCUCACCGCAGGCUCCGAUGGCCGUGCAGAGGAUCACAGGAAGUCGCUCUCUCGCAGUGGGACCCACCUACUUGCCAGUCUUUUGAAUCACCACUCGCACUCCAGUCCGAACGUGCACCAGGAAAAGGCGGCCAGUGCCACACCACGCAAACUGCGCUUGUAUCUCGAGUACGCCAAGCAUGGGACUCUGCUUGGGUUCCAGAUGAAGGAGAUGCCGUCGCGCUUUAAGCGAAGGCGGCUGCAUGAGCUGACCGCGCGUGCCUACAUGCGAGACGUCCUCCUGGCACUUCUGCAGGUGCACGACAGAGGCGAGAUGCAGUACGAUCUGUGCGCCAAGGCAGUCUUCCUUUGCCGGUCGAUUCAAAGUGUCUACCACACCUACUUUCCCGCCUAUAUUUCCGACCUACCAACGGGCGACUUGACGAGUGUGACGCUGUCGCAGCUGGGCAAGGCGCUGGCGUCGCUGGACCCGAAGCCGGGAUCACUGGUCCCGCAGCGGCCACUGCCGCUGACGAGCGUGAGUACCAGCCAGAAGCGAAAGGAGUUCGAGCCGAUUAACGACACCCGGUCGCCCCUGUGUGGGCAGCGCCGCGCCAUUUCUGUCGAGCAGUGGAAAACCGCGUCGUCCUCGGCUCAGCACACCGGUAAAGCAGUCGGCGUCAAGACCCGCCCGACACAGAACAUCUCCAUACCGGCGCACAACACCAGCUGUACGCCACAGGUGUCCGCGAUCGAUGCCAACCUCAACGAGGGCAACAAAACCUUGAGUGGGCAAGGCGCGGUGACCGUACAGACCUGUGAGCAGCGGGACGGUAACGCGGGCACGAUAGAGAGUGAAAACACUGUUGAGGCGGCCCACGACAACACCACUUUCGUCAUGAGUCCCCGGGAGGUCGGCUCGUUCGAGUCACCGUCAAAGUCAACGUCUCUCACCGAGACCGGCUUUCGCGGGGGCCUGUUGGCCUCCGGUAGCCUGUUGGCGGCACACACGAGCAACAGCGCCAACCAGCACCGCUUGCACGAGACUUACCGCCGUUUCAUGAGCGAGUUUGAGUUCACGGACACCGGCGAGGGCGACGACGUGCCCUUUCCGUCCCCGCAUGACGGAGUGCGUGGUCAGGCGGAUGCAGAGAUGCUUGCGUCGGUGAUAACAUCAGAGGAGCAACUCGAGACGCCGCCGAUGCGGGUGGUGCCGCUGCAGAAUACGAAUCACGGUGGCAUUGCGAUCUUGUCACCGGACCACUACGUCGUGAAACCUAUCGAAACGCCGCUGCAGGACUUACGCGGCCGCCUCCCCAUCCUCCUUACACCACCCACCACGCGCACCGUUUUCUUCUGCGCGGGCCCGCAGCAACAGCGGCAGGUCACGCAAAAGUCAUCGAAGUCUUCCGCCCCGACGGUGGUUGGGAGCUCCUCCACCGAACAGUUUUGCGUGCCGCAGACUCUGAGCUCUGGGACGACGACUUUUGACGCGGUCGGUUCGCUUGGCCGUUGCCGCGGCGGCGCGCCGCUGGUGAAGCUGAACCACAUCUCGUUAAUUCGUCGCGCCCUGAACUGCGCUGGCACUAGACGGCUAGACGACGUUCCAGUGCACAGGUACGUGACUGUCACGCAUGCGGCGCCAGAGGUGCUGCACCGUCGCCUAUUCUCGGCCGCGAGCGACAUCUACGCCUUUGCCAUGACCUUUGUCGAGCUUGUCUCGGAGGGAGGUGUCAUUAUGGAGGAAUGCCUGCCAGGGGAUCCGCCCAAGCCGCUGACGCGUCGUGAUAAGGAUAUAUACGACGCUCGCCUAAGCGAGAAUCUCAGUAAGUUGUACGAGACUCGCAUCGCUGCUCUGUUACAGAACCACGACGCCGCCGGCAAGGAAAAGGAGCGGCCAGAGCCCCCCUCGCCGCACGCCGGGCCGAUUGCGGUUCGCCUGCCGCCUCACCUCUCGGAUGAGUGCAAGAAAAUGCUGCGCUGGUGCCUGCAGCCCGAUCCCGCAAAGCGGCCCACCGCCGCGGAGCUGCUUCGAUCUCGCUACUUCAUGCUGGGCGACUGGAUCGCGGCACCGUCGGUGGUGGAAGCCGAGGGUAAGACAGCAAAGAUGCCCGAAGCACCAUGGAGGACCUCGAUCAGCUUCGACGCCGCAGCGAAGGCAGCCGGCCUUCCGGUGCUCUCUGCGAAGCGAUAG